UAGCAUCUGAGGGGGAGUCAGCCGCACGAUUGGCCGACAGGGGAGCGGGACUGGACCCUGGGGACUGACACCACACCCAUCUGAGUGUGUUUGUGUGAAUGUGUGUGUGUGUGUUGUACAGCACAUGCUUCCUCUUCAUCUUGUUGUUCCUCUUGGUGAAUGAGGAGCUGCCUGCAGAUUCUCAGAAGUGGUUGAUGUCAGCAUGGAAACCCGUUCACUGGCUCCGGAGGCUGUGCCCAAGAUACUGAUGCUGGACAUCAACUCAGACAAAGGAGAACUUGCGGCCUUGAUUGGAGGGAUUGUGGGUGCGGUGCUGCUCGCGCUCAUCUGUGUAAUGGCCGUGUUGAUGUGGUGCCUUUUCCGACAUAAAGGCUCAUACAGCACCAACGAGACGGACGACGAUGACGAUAUGGAUGACGACGACGAGGAGGUGUUUCAAACCAACGAACCUCUGACGGUUGAUGAAGAUGAAGAAAGUAGGAUAGAGACUUGAUGGGGAGCAGUCAGGGACAAAUUAGUUUUUGUAGCUCUUUUUUAUAGUUGUGAGAAAUGUAAGGUUUUAAUUUCUUCAAGCUGCAAGACGGAAAUUUGCACUUUGAUGCAACCAGAUGACAGAAAAAUGAAUGGUAUGGCAAAGCUGGAUUUAAUGUGUCUCGAUUUUAACGCUUUAAAAACAUAAAUCCAAUUAAUAUUUCCAUUUAUUUAAAUUAAUGAGACCAAAUGUAAAGAUUAACUGCAGCAUUUGUAUGACUAACAGCUCACUGAAGGUUGAUAAGAAUGUAUCCUGAAGUGCAAAGGAUCUUUAACCAGCGACUUUAAUUUUUCUUUUGCCUUUUUUAGUUAAAAUAAACUGGCAGGACUUUUAUUAUAUUUAUUGGAAUCCAAGGCUGCAUUCACUUACCUAACCAACAUUUUUAGUUUACGUUGGUUCUCAGUCCUCCAGAUAUUCAUCAGUGUGAGAUACUUUCAAUGUCUGCUUUGGCUGAUUAACUUUAAAAUGAACGUCCACACAGAACUCUUCAGAAAACCCCAUUCACCACAGAGUUGCAUGUUAAAACCUCCACCCGCCACCAGAUGCUGCUGGUUUUCUCAAACGUGAUAAAGCAAGACUCUUCAGUGCCGGUGUUUUUUUCCACCCUGGUCAUAUUUGUGAUCAUAUUUUAAGCUCUUAACUAACUGCAGACUUGAUGCUGACUAAGAUACAACUGUCAUGAAUCAUAUCCAGGAAAUUAUCCAUACCAAGAAAUGUGUAAACGUUUAGACCAGAGAGUUGAUGGUAAUCUGCUUUUUUUACUUAUUUUUACAAACAGAGAAUGUUUUUAUUUUAAUAAUGGAUAGACUUAGACAUUUUUAACUGCUUACAUAUAGCUAUUAAAAUACCCUGUGCACUUAGUUACAUUUUUAUAAUAAUAAAGUUCACACGUUUUUGAUAAAUUGUAUUUCUUGCCUGUUUGAUUUAUAAAAUGUUGCAGCUCUGCCAUCUAGUGGUUAAAAUACAGUACUGCACACUUGAUUUUCAGCUCUCAAUAUUUAUUGCUGCACCUGACAGAGUCCUUCAAGCAUUUACUCUUUUAUACAAUAUAUUUAGAGUGUUUCUAAUGGUUAAUGAUGUGAAAUAGCUUAAAUUGUUCAACUUCAAGCGUUACAUCUUAUUAAAGAUAUUUCAUGGGACAGGUCAAAAGACAACAUUAAAGAAAAGUCCUGUUCUUCUUUGAUAUAUUAAGAGAUUUAAAUGCAGCAACAACAUUUAAAAGGUGUCAAUUUCCAACAAAUUGGAAGAUCACAACACAACUAAAUCUUCUUCUUUCGUCAAACAUAAUAAAAACUGAGCUAAAGUCCAACACUUCUGCCUGCACCUCAUCUGUGAGUGUGAACCAAACCACUAUAUAUACCCACCCACCAAACAUGUACGCAGCUUCCUAUUGGAUAAUUGCAUCUGUCAGUCAUCAAGCUCCCUCCUGUCACCUGUGGCUCCACCUGCCUUCACUUUGGCAGUAAUCAGUAUCAUGUUGUGGUUCCUCUCAUUGUCAAACAGGAGCUUUAAGUUACUUUAAUUACAUUUUAUUUUAUUGUUUUUAAAUGCAUCCUCUAUGAAUCUCCUCUUUGUUCAGUACAAAAUAAAGCAGGAACUAAUAACCUAAACGAUAUAAAUAUAAAAACAAAAUGCAAGGAUGACAGCAAAGCUUGUGUCUGUUUUUAAAAACAACAGGAAGCCCAACAAAAGAUCCAUGUAGAAAUCAAAUAGUUCACAAAAGGUUUCAAAUAGUUGGAACACAGAAGUCCUAAAAAAAGCCUCUUCCUCCAAAUCAUAUCAAAAGUCUUUAAAAGAUGAUCCUGCCACAGAGACCAGCUGCAGCCAUGGAGGGGAAAUAACUGACACUGGUUAUUCCUAGUUGUUUAUUUAGUAGUGCAUUUUGUUUGUAAAUUCGUAUCUAUUUAAAUCUAUUCUUGGUACAGCCUCCAUGAUUCAGAAGGUAGACAAUCCUGGAUAUUGGUUUUAAAUUGUUUUUGUUUUUUUCUGGGAGAGGAAGCAAAUAUACUGAGAACGGUCUGCAGACCUGGUAAACACCUUUUUUAAUUUAAAAGCUGCAAACACGGGGUUUCUUCAAAAACAUAGACGGUGGAAAUAUUAUUUGUGAAUCCUCAAAGUGUGAAAAUGAAGUUAAAAUAUAUAACGUAAAUAUGUAGUAAUUAAAAAGCAGAAGUCUCUGUGCACAAUAUAUCCAUUGUGUCGUCUCAAAUGAACGUUAUGAACAUUAUGCUCUGACGUCUUUCUCACAUCUCUCCCUCCGGAUGUAGAACCAGUUAAAUAUCAGACACAAUGAUGACAGUCAAUUUAACCAACUCCCACUAAACAACGGAGCAACACUUAACAUCUCUGCCUCCACAACCACCUUUAAGAAAGUGUGUAGAAAGUGACAGGCUACUAGAAUGGGUGGGAGUUGAGCUCUCCACAUGUGAGGUCGAGAGAGAGAGAGAGAGAGAGACAGAGCUGUGUGGAGUCUCUACUACAUUUGCUCCUUCGUGGUUGUAGAAGUCAGGAAGGUGACGGCAGAUACAGAAAUGUACGGGUUCAUCAACAGCUGCCUCCAGUCCCUGGUGAUGGAGAGAUUCGGCCAAGAGACGUGGGACAAACUGAGCUCUCUACCCGGGGUCCAGGAAACCUUCAUGACGUACACGGUUUAUGAUGAUAUACUGACGCUGAGCCUGGUGGGGGAGGCCUGCUCACUGCUGGGUGUCUCCGCGGACGUGUUCCUGAAGCUCUUUGGAGAACACUUCUUUGUCUUCUGUAAGAAAGCGGGAUACGACACCAUGCUCAGGACGCUGGGGGGAAAUCUGUUUGAUUUCAUCCAAAAUCUGGAUUCUCUCCACAGCUACCUGGCUCUGUCAUAUCGGGAAAUGAAUGCACCAUCUUUCCGAGUGGAGAUGACAGAUGACGGGAAUAUGCUGCUUCACUAUUACUCGGACAGGAAGGGUCUGCACCAUAUUGUGCCUGGCAUCAUGGAGGCGGUUGGCAGAGACCUCUUCGACAGCAUAGUGACCAUGGAGGUUCUGAACCAAUCGGUCGAAGACGAGCGGACGGGGAAGAGGGAGCACGUCGUGUUCCUGGUCAAACAGACCAGCGGAGCCUGCAAGAGCACAGUCCAGGUCCUCUGCAGUCAUAGAGAGGCGAGUUUUUUCAAACGAAUGAGGGACAGAUAUGUGUCACUGGCCGGGAAGAGGGGCAGCUGGGACCUGAUCAGAGCAUUGGCUCUCUCAGGAAAAGGCAGCCACCAGAGCACCUUCAGUCCAUGUUACCCAGACAAGCUGUGGAUGGAAGAAAAAUCGUUCUGUAAUGCUUUUCCCUUUCAUAUCGUCUUUGACAAAGAUCUGAAGAUAAGGCAGACUGGCGUGAACAUACAGAAGUUUGUUCCGGGUCUUCAGGGCAGAGAUGCUACACUGGACCAAUAUUUCAUCAUUGUACACCCACAGGUUACCAUCACCAUUGAGAGCAUCAGGAAGUUCAUCAACAGUCAGUUUGUCUUGAAGAGCUGCAAAGACACAAACUCCAGCCUCCAGCUAAGAGGUCAGAUGUUGUGGAUGGAUUCCCUCGGCUGUAUGCUGUACAUGUGUUCUCCGAAGCUGAGGAGCCUCCAGGAACUUCAAGAUGUUGGCCUGCACCUGGCGGACCUGGCCCAGCACGACGUCACCAGAGACCUGGUUCUUCUCAACCAGCAACGUCUGGCUGAGAUGGAGCUGACCAACCAGCUGGAGAGGAAAAAGGAGGAACUAAGAAUCCUGUCUCGGCACCUUGAGGCUGAGAAGGAGAAGACGGAGACUCUGUUGUAUGCCAUGCUUCCACGUCAUGUAGCCAAUCAGCUCAAAGAUGGCAAGAGCGUGGAGGCGGGGGAGUUUGAGGUGUGCACUAUUCUAUUCAGCGACGUGGUGACCUUCACAAACAUCUGCGCUGCCUGUGAGCCCAUCCAUAUCGUUCACAUGCUCAACUCCAUGUACUCCAGGUUCGACCGCCUCACCAGUGUACACGACGUCUACAAGGUUGAAACUAUUGGUGAUGCCUACAUGGUGGUGGGUGGCGUUCCAGUCCCGACAGACACCCACGCUCGCAGAGUGGCCAACUUUGCUUUGGGUAUGAGGAUAGCGGCCAGAGAGGUCACCAACCCUGUUACCGGCAAAUCCAUUCAGAUCCGGGUGGGCCUGCACACCGGCCCGGUGUUAGCCGGCGUGGUGGGGGAGAAGAUGCCUCGCUACUGCCUGUUUGGAGACACUGUUAACACGGCCUCCAGGAUGGAGAGCCAUGGACUACCGGACCACAUUCACCUCAGCCCUUCCACAUACAGUGAGCUCAGAGAUACCGGGUUCAACAUACAACAGCGCGGGCAGAUCGAGGUGAAGGGUAAAGGCCUGAUGACCACCUACUUCCUGCUGGGGAACCUGUCGGCUUCCGAAGACGACAUCAUGGGAAGGGAGGCCGGGAAGACGUGUCUCUACAAGGACGUCCUUCACGGCCAGAGUGAAAAAGACCCUGACAAGGACCCUGAUUCAAGAGCCGACACGCCCCCUGAUGGAACCAGUGGCCCACCCGCUGUCACCCCCUUCGCCUGGGACAUCAGCCCCCCAUAUGCCACCGACGAGAGCAGCAUCCACACACCGGAAAACCACUUCAACAGCAGACUCUGUGUUUUAUUCUGACUGAGGAUCCCUGAAGUUUGACCUUUACAGAUUCUGUCUUUACAAAUCCCUUCUUGAAAUAUUUAUUGUAUGAAAGCUUUUACUAAAGUGUGACACUGACAAAUCCUAUUUUUGUAUUGAUGUCAUAUUUCAUGGUUCAAUUUUCUCUGCCCAUGUACCAUUGGGUCACUGCAACCCCACCAAGGAGGUUACGUUUUCACCCCUUCAGCAUUGUUAUGUGUAACAAAUAUAUUUUAAUAUUAUUUGUGUUAUAUAACUGCAGAUAUACAUAGGCUAAAUUCCUCAUGCAAUUAAUAAUCUACGAAGACAGAUAAACAGGCAUUUGAGUAUCUGGAUUACAGUUGCCUGUGUUGAUGUAUUUGGAGAUAACGUUUCAUUGUUGUUGUUUUUUUUCUUGUAAUAAUUAG